AUGGCCCAUGUAAUCACCCCUCUUGAUCAGCCUUCCAACUACAAGGACUCGCAGUCCCGCGUUGAUCGCCAGACACAAAACGAGUUGCUCUCCAAGUCCACUACCCUUUACGUCGGCAACCUGAGCUUUUACACCACUGAGGAACAGAUAUAUGAGCUCUUUUCAAAGUGCACAACACCCGAGGAUGGCGGUGGAAUCAAACGUAUAAUCAUGGGCCUUGACCGCAAUACAAGGACACCGUGUGGGUUCUGCUUUGUUGAGUAUUAUAGUCAUGCGGAGGCGCUAGCUUGCUUGCGAUACAUCAGCGGUACCAAGCUUGACGAGCGCAUCAUCCGUUGUGACCUUGACCUAGGCUACCGAGAUGGCCGGCAGUUUGGCAGAGGAAAGAGCGGUGGUCAGGUCCGAGACGAACACAGACAAGACUACGAUCCUGGUCGUGGAGGAUGGGGCGCGCAAGCACAGCGGGCGGAGAUUGAACGUAGGAGAGAGGUGGAAGAGCGUUACAACGAUGCCCAAGACGUACCUGGUGCCGUUGCUGGAGGCGGAGGGGACUGGAAAGAUGUCUCAGAGAACCCUCUCAAACGUGCCCGAUCGCCAGACGACGAAGGCGAGAGCGGACGAGGGGAACCUCGCGCAAAAAUGGAAGAGCAGGAACACGACGCCAGUCGCAUGUGA